UAGCAGAGUUGACGUGCACGCACGCACACAUACGGCAUGGCGCUGCCGUGGCUUCUGCUGCUGGAGUUGCUGCUGUACUGCAGCAGUUUUAUAUGCGGGAUCGUCACAGCCGCCUCCGUUACAAUCUCACAGGGUAACUUUGCUGGGAAGUGUGUGCUAUAUGGUUCAGUACGUGUGCACUCCUCCAUCAGUGUGCUUUCAUCCAGUUCUCCCUCGCUGUGCUACUUUGUGUCAGCCAUAUCAGCGUGUGUGGCUGUUUUCUGCUUGUCCCUUACCUUCUACUGGAUCUACACCAUCUGUGUCGAUAGAGAGGUGAAAAGAGAGAAAUUAUGGAUGAACAUUACCCUUGGCAUGUGUGGAGUCUUCCUUUUCUUUCUCUUGGUGACGGGAUGCAUCCUGAAAAUUGGCAGAGACCAGCUGUGUCAAUCUGUGCUCCAUGAAAUGAUCAUGAACAUAACCAGGUGUGAAGAAGCACAAAAUAAGCCUUGGAUGAGCCCUAUCAAUGGGAACCAGUUCUACUCAAACCUACACAGUGCAGAGACAGCAGUAUGGGUUAACCUCUUCUUUUGGAUGAUCAUUGCUGUUCUGGUUCUGGCCCAGCGUAAACAAGGAUCAGAAAACGGGUCAGGAGGAGACGAUCCGUCAGCCACCCCUUCUGAAACAGAGCCCUUCUUUAACCGUCCAGGAGGUCCUCAGUGAAAUAUAUGUCCCUAGACACAAACAGUCUUCAUUCCAGUUGAACACACACAUGCUCACACAUACAUAACACUCGCUCUCACUGUCACGCUGCUGGCUAGCAGUUGGCUAGCUGAGGAAAGAGGAUUUUGGCAGCACCAUUAUACGGUCUUGAUUUUGUUCACUAACAUUGACAGGGGUUAGUUGCCAUGGUUACUGAUCUGUGGCUGGCAGCGCAGACCUAGCAGGUGAGAGUGUGCAGUUGCCAGAUUGGUGGUGUGACCUGGACUGAUUGAGACACAGCGUUUUGAAAAUAUUGUCCAAAUUUUUUAAGAGAAGCAAAGUGAUAUAAAAAAUAAAAGUGAGGAAUGCAUAUCUAUUUUUUCAAGAAAUAUGUUUUUGCAUGAUCAUUAGUGGUUUUAUGUACGUGCAUGACUAGUGUUUUAUUCUAUGGUCAAAAAAUGCAUAGAAAUCAAUUUAACCUGGUUGUGUUGGCGCUAACCCAAGCCAACCUAUUGUACUGUAACUUUUAACCUGUCUUACAAAAGUAAAGCCUAGUAGUCUAUGGCCUUGUUCAACAUUUUCACCCUCUGCUGUCUGCUUACAUGUAUUACAUUAUAAAUCAUAUCAGAUGGUGCAUGUGUCCCUGUUUUGUGGGCUAGGAAUCUCCCAAAGUGCCAUUUUCCCUAAUUUGGCAUUUGUUCUAUGUGUAGUCCUUGGCAUCCUUAACACAGGCAAAACUGCUUGAGAGUGUCUUUCGGAGAGAGUUUGGAUAUUAAUCUCGUGCCCAGUAGAGAUGCCAUUUUUAAUGGGGGUUUUUUUCUGCAUAUACCGGAGGUUGGAGAGAGUGUGUGUGUGUGUGUGUGUGUGUGUGUGUGUGUGUGUGUGUGUGUUUGGGAUGACAGGGACAUAAAUUCAUCAUUUGGCCUGUGAUGAUAUCCGCUUUCUGCAGGCGAAUUGCCAAAUCUGAGGUGCUGUUCACUGCACUAAUGUCCUCAAACACAGUGUCCUUCCGCUUAUCUCAGCAGCAUACAGUGUUGUUUAUUUUAUGUUUAUGAACUGUUUAUUUCAGUCAUUAAAUGCCUAAUAAUUUCUCUAUUUUUGUGCAUUUUCAUUUAACUUGUUUUAUUUUUUUUUGCGUGUGAAAAACUACUGUUUAUUGAUAUGCACUGAUUUUGAUGAAUACAGAAUCUGUUGUUUACCCAGUAUGCUUGAGUCAAAGGUUGUGUGAACCUUUUAAAGUAUAUGCAAUUAAAUCUGUCAACCCAG